AUGGAGUGCAGAAGAAGGCAGGCAUUUGAGGGCCAGGCCAGGAAAAGGCACAAAGCCGGGAAAGCUGGGGGCCUCGGUGGGCAGGCAAGCCGAGCGGGACCAGCCUCCGGGCGGGGCUCCGGUUGCCCAAAGGUCACCCACCCCGCUCCUUCCUUCCAGGCCCAGGGCGUGCGCUGGCCGCCGUCAUGCCCGCCGCGUCUCCCACGGGGCCCUGGGCCCCCGCGGCCCCCAACGCCACGGCGGCGGCGGCGGCGGCCAACGUCAGCGUGCCCGAGGUGCCCCUGUUCCACCUGUUCGCCCUGCUGGACGAGGAGCUGCACGCCGCCUUCCCGGGCCUGUGGCUGGCACUGAUCGCGGUGCACGGCGUCAUCUUCCUGGCGGGGCUGGUGCUCAACGGACUAGCGCUGUACGUCUUCUGCUGCCGCACGCAGGCCAAGACGCCCUCGGUCGUCUACACCAUCAACCUGGUGGUGACCGACCUGCUGGUGGGGCUGUCCCUGCCCACGCGCUUCGCCGUCUUCUACGGCGCGCGCGGCUGCCUGCGCUGCGCCCUCCCCCACGUCUUCGGCUACUUCCUCAACAUGCACUGCUCCAUCCUGUUCCUCACCUGCAUCUGCGUCGACCGCUACCUGGCCAUCGUGCAGCCCGACGGCUCCCGCCGCUGGCGCCAGCCUGCCUGCGCCAGGGCCGUGUGCGCCUUCGUGUGGCUGGCGGCCGGCGCCGUGACCCUGUCCGUGCUGGGCGUGAGAGCCGGCGGCGGGCCUUGCUGCCGCGUCUUCGCGCUGACCGUCCUGGAGUUCCUGCUGCCCCUGCUGGUCAUCAGCGUGUUCACGGGCCGCAUCGUGUGCGCGCUGUCGCGGCCGGGCCUCCUGCGCCAGGGCCGCCAGCGCCGCGUGCGGGCCAUGCAGCUGCUGCUGACCGUGCUCGUCAUCUUCCUCGUCUGCUUCACGCCCUUCCACGCCCGCCAGGUGGCCGUGGCGCUGUGGCCCGAGGUGCCGAGCCACGCCAGCCUCGUGGCCUACCACGUGGCCGUGACCCUCAGCAGCCUCAACAGCUGCAUGGACCCCAUCGUCUACUGCUUUGUCACCAGCGGCUUCCAGGCCACCGUCCGAGGCCUCUUCCGCCGGCGCGGGGCGGAGCGUGAGCCCCACGGCAGCACCGUGGUCGGCAUGCAGAGGAGCUCGCGAGCCUCGGGACGCAAGCACGUCCCGGGCCCCGGCCCCGGCGCCUUCACCCAGGACCUGGCUAACGGGCCAGAGGCUUAGUGGGCAGGACUCUGCAAGGGGACCGAAGGCCAGGACUGGACUGGGCAGGCCGGGUCGAGGACGGCACAGACGUCCGCUUGCCCUGGGGGUGGGGGCGGGGGUGGGGGUGGGGGUGGGAUUGGCUUCACCGGGAUCGAUUGGUGAUGGCUGCGCCCGGCACGCUGCUCAGUGCCUUGGUUGAUUAGCGAUGUCUGCCGCGGCCCCGGAGGGGCCGUCGAAGGCUGACCGUUUACCUGCCGUCUGGGGUGUAUGCUGCGUCCAGCAAAGACUCAGAGGGGUAGCCAGGAGCUGCUUCUCUCCUGGUGCACGUUCACCCUGUGAGGGAUUCCUCAGAAACAGGGACAGAGAUGUUUUUAGGUACUAGGAAUUGCAGAGAGGUUCCCUUUCCUCUCUUCCCCCCUCCCCAUACCCCCCCCCCCCCGCCCCACCCCCUCUGGCUUGGGCCUCUGACGGCCUCCUCUGAGCCAGACGCCAGGAUUGCCUCCACCCGCUUUCUGUUGAGCGGCCAAGCUCCCUGGGCCCUUUAUAGACUGCUAUAGGGGCAGGGGCCUGUUGGGCACCUUCGGGCACCAGGCCCCACCUCAGCCACAGCCACGGACAUAGGGUGAGACGGACCCUGGGCCCCAGAUCUGCCCUUCUUUACAGAGAGAAGUCCUACAUGUCCAGUGGCUCCAGGCAGAGUACCUGGUCCCCCAAGUUCAGGGCCCUGGAGGGAGGCCCGCGUGGGAGGCAGGAGGGCCAUUUAUAUCCCCAUGUUACAGAUGAGGAAACUGAGGUUCAAAGAGGGAAAGGCCUCCGGGCACUGCAAGGCCGGCACUGUCUUUAGCAACCCUUCGUGGAGCCCCGUGUGGACGGCUCCUCCUGCCCCAGGACAUGGCAGCCCACAGCCUUCCUGCCAGAGGCCCAGGAAGUCCCGGGCUCCCACCCAGGGCUGCUUCCUGGGCCCGGAUGCUUGAGCAGCAGAGAGCGUGGCGGUCAGCAUCAUAACCAGCGCCAUCCUUGGCCCCGACUGGGUGCCGGGCACAGUCCAGGAGCCUCUCUCCUGCUUGACUCCGAGCAGGAGCUGCAGGGACAGAGGAGGGACCUGGGAGCUCGCUGUCUGCCGGGAAGCACCUGGCAAGAGCGAUGCUGACCCCAGGGUGGGUUUUCAGGCAGAGAAGCUCUAACAGCAUCUGGUGCCUGGACCGUCACGCAGUGGAGGAGGGAGGGCCAGUGUUUGCCCAGUGCAGCACCACCUGCGGGCUCUCUUCCUACAGGGGCAGCAGCCCCCGGUUCCCAUUCUAAUUCAUGCUAAAGAGUGACUGACUGACACUAACUGACCGCUGAGCUCGGGGGUGGAGGAGUUGCAAUGGUCCUGGAACAAGGCCUUCCUCUAGGAGGAGGGGUCUCUUAAGCUCAGCGAGCAGGGGGCAGGCAGCGGUUGCCGUGGGUUCGGACCCACGCAGGGGCCCACCCGUGCCCUCACCCCACUCCCGCUCCCGUGGACAGGCAGGCCGCGGUGGGGAGCACUGGACGGGAAGAAGAGUGGCUGGAUGGGGCUCAUCACUCUGCUGUCUGGCACCCUCUGAGGCCGGAGGCGGCUGGAGUGUCUGCCCAGCACCAGCCGGGACUGUCCACCUCUCAGGUCCCUCCCCCUCCUCUGGCCCUGGGGCCAGCCUGCCGGAAUCCCUACCAUGCCUCCCUAGGACAGACCACAUGGCCCAGCCAUCCCUCAGGACGGGGCCCCUCCCCGACCAUCAGGCUUGGCCCCUUGCUGAGCCCUCAGGGACACUGCAGCCCCCACCCCCUUCCUGGGAGUCCAAAGCCUGGUGGCACAGCUGGGGUGCUCCGCGUCCUCUGCCGCUGCAAGUGGGACCAGCCAGGCAGGGGCAUCCAGGAGGGCUUUCUGGAAGAGGAAGCUCCGGGCCCUUCCCUCCCCGUCCUCACCUGGCCCACCUGGCUCCCCCCCACUCCUGGCUGGGCCUCUCCUUGAGGUUGUGGUACCGGGAGCUUUUCAAGCAUCGAGUACCCCCGGAGCCUCGGCAGGCUGGUGGGGCCAGGACAUUUCACCCCCAUGUUGCACGUGAAGAGCCUGAGGCCCAGCGGGUGAGGGGACACAAGCCCACACGCUGGGAUCACGCUCAGUGCUCUGAGCCCAGCUCUCCGCCCCCCCCAACCCCCGCACCAGCUCUGGGCCCCCUCUCAGCCUCGGCCCCACUGCCCGUGAGCAGGAGCCUCCCGCCCAGACGGCAGGUGCCCCAGGCCAGACACGGCCCUGGCCCUGCUCCAGAGGCGGUAUAGGAGGAGCUGGGGAGCCUGGCAAGGUAGGGGUCCCUCCGAGUGCCGCAUCCCUGCCCCUCUCUGGGCCUCUAUCUAACUCCUCAGCUGUGAUCCGGCUUCCCAGCCUGGGGUUAGUUAGAUCCUGGGGUCUAGUUAACAGAAAGGACUUAAAUGGGAGAAGCACUGUAUGUGUUUAUAAACUAACCCCCCCCCCCCCGCAACUGCCCCUCAGAUUCCAGGCCGUGACUGGGGAGAGGGGAUGUGCCGAGCAGAGAGGUGGCUCACAAGGCAUGGGGUCCCCAGUCGUAUUCCAAGCCAGGAAGGCCUUCCCAGGGCGCCAUAUGCCAGAGUGAGGGCUCCAACGGGGGUCCCAGACAGAAGUGGGGUGGGGGGCACAAGCGUGGCGGGAGGGGUGAGCCAGGGCACGGUCAGCUGUCCUGCACUGAAUUAUCGGGACCCAGGCGCACGUCCGUCCCCAGCAUGUCACAGGGUGCCACAGGCCUUCAUGUCUGGGGACUGUGGGGGACAAAGGGCAUCUGACCCCCUCUGCGCCCCAAGCGUCCAGGCUGUACCAGUGGCUUCUGAGACCUGCUUCACGGAGGGGCCCUGGGACCUGUGAGGGUCUUCCCGCCCCACCCACCCUAUGGGCACCUCUGGUGGCAUCCGGGGUCCGGGGUGGUUAAAGGUCAAGCUUAGUCUGUGGGGGGUGAGGCCCAGGGGUCUGAGCCCUGCUCCCGCCUGUCCUCUCCAGAGCAAGGCCACGCGGGCAGGUAUGGGAGCAGCUCCCGAGGCCCGAGCACUAGAGGCCCACGCGGGGGGUGUCACAGCCCAGCCCGGGCCAGGACAUGCUUCCCGGGUCAGGGCCCAGGCAGGCGACCCGCGUCCCAGCCGGGCCAGGUCCCUUCGGCCGCAUCAGCUUCCCCAACCUUGCCACUCCCCGACUAGUGAUUAAAUUGAGCUCAUGAAGGACGGAAGGCCUCCCCAGGAAGGCUCCAGCACAUUCUUUCACUCCACAGCGUCCUGCCCCUUCCCUGCGCCACAGGUAAUCUGCGGGUUUCUCUCCCUACAGGACACCUGCCCUGCCCCCCGCCCCCCGCCCCCAUUCUUCUGGGUUAAACCCUAUCUUUGAGCGUCCCCAGAACACGCACACAUGGUAGGCAGGGGAGCAGUGAGAAAGGCUCAGGGCUCAGGGGGCACAUCCUGGGCUCAGGCCUGGAGGCAGGAUUCCCCCCUGGGUUCUGCCAGGGGUCUUGAGUGAGCCCCUCCCAGACUGGCCCCAGCUCCUCCAGCAGAUCCGCUGGGAACGCCAGAGGGACAAGUGUGUAUGGGGCCCAGGGCCACCAGGUGGCGCUGCUGGCCCGGGAGAGGCAGCCGAGGUGUCCACCACCCGCCGGACCGGGGCGGGCCAGCAGCGACCCUCCGGAUUCACCUCUGCCACCUGACCUUCAGAGGGACGGCCCCAGAGUCGGCAACACUGGAAGGCUGCCUGGAGGGGCUGCAGCUUCCUGACCCAGCCGGGGAGAAGCUUGGCACUGAGUCGAGAAGCCCCUGGUCCCUCUGACUCGGGCACCUUCCAGGAAGCCCCUCGCCCCGGUCCCCGAUCUCCCUACCUAACACAGGGGAGGCUAGGCGAGGGGGCCACAGAGGGGACAGGGCGGCUGCUGAGCCAGCACCUCCCCACGCCCCCCCCCCCCCCACAGGGAUAGGGCUGUGUCUCUAGGACACGCACGAUGGGAGGCUCUGUGGGCCUGGCCCCCGUUCCCCAGACACGGCGUCCUCUCCCUGCUACACAGCCUGCAUCCCGCCCGCGAUUCAGGGGAGCUGAACCUCCUAAGACCAUACGUGGUCCCCAGGCCAGGAGCCUCAUUCACUAUCUCGUGAGUCCAGAGAGGGUCAGACAGCUGCCCUGAGUCACACAGCCUGGCAGUGGAGCCCGCUGUGUGGGCGGGAGAGAGAAACACACCCGAGGGCUGGGAUGUCCUGACAAGCAGUACUGUGCUUUUCCAACCGCAGCGUUGGCAAUGUCCCAAAGCCGGGCCGCGAGGAAGCGGGAGACAGACAGACAGAUGGAUGCCGGGGGAGACUGGACUGGAUAUAAGUUACUCAGGGCUCCCGGCCUCUCCAGUCAGGCGGAGGGGGACAGACCCUGUCUGCUGGACACAGGGAGACAGCGCCCGGCAGCCCCCGGCCCGACAGCCGGGCUGGCACCGUCUCCGUCCGCCCACCACCCGUCCACACCGCGGUCCGCACUGGGCCAGGCGGCAGCCCCCACCUCAGCUCAGCUGUGGAGGGCAGCCUGGUCCGAGUGGGACAGGCACAAGGCCAGCUCCGGCCAGCUCUGCCCAGCGCCUGGAUUCCUGGAGAGGCCCACUAGCUCCUUAGGUUGUUGCAAUGAAAAUGCAGGGAGAGGGGCACACCUUGAACUUACGACCACUCACCCGUUGGUGAGAAUGGUCCGUCGAUCAGUCAUUCAACAAGCAUUUACGGGGACCUGCUCUGCCGCCUGGCGUAAAAUUGGAGGAUGCCACAAGGAGUGAGGCACAGUCCCCGCCUCGGUCCCUGUCUCUAAUCCAGCGUGGCAAGGUCCUGGCAGCGGUCCACACUGCCGGAGGGCUGGGGCAGACUUUCCAGAGGAAGUCACGCUUAGCUGGGUUUUGAAGGACGAAUAGGAGUUUGCCUCUCAGAGAAACAAGUGAGGGCAUCUCCAGCAGCAGACGCUGUGGGGGUUGAGGCUCAGAGGUAUGGAGGUGCAGGCCAGCGACGGCAAGCCCGGGGGCCAAAAGCCUGGCCGAAAGGCAGAGGGACCUCAGGCAGGUCACUUCUCUCUCUCUCGCCCUCAGUUCCCUUGUCUAUAGAAUGAGGAUAAAACACCACCUCCCAAUGAGAUAAUGGCUGUGGAAAGUGCCAGGCAAACGCUAAUGUUCCCUAUUUAAUUUUCCAUGUUCUUUUUUUGAGGCCAGGGUUAUUUCUGUCCACACUUAGCUAUUUCCAGGCCCAGGGCUCGUCCUUUCCCACAGAGGACUCCCCCCUCCCAGGCCACGGUGGGAGGACGGGUAGGGGGCACGAGGCACAGAGACAGAAUCCGUCUUCCAGUGAGAGCAGCACGGACCCCCUGGAUGGGGCAGGGGCAGGCCGAGCCCUCCCCUCCCCUCCCCUCCCCUGUGUGCCCAGGGAGGCCAGGGGCACACACACAGCUCCGGUUCCAAGCCCCCUUUUCCAGCUGAAGUGGGACCGAGUCCCAAAAGAUGUCAGGGGAAGGGGACAAGAAGCAUUUACCCACAUGAAUGAUCUCAUCGCUGCCUGCCGGGAAACCGCCCCGCUGCUGCUGCCCGGCCCGCAGAUGAGCCUCCCCGUUGCCAUGGUGACAGCCCUGGUGGGCCCCGCGGCCCCUCCCUGGCCACCCCGCACCCACCUGGCCCCCUACUUCGUCACCUAUCCGGAGGGCUGACCCAGGGGCGUUGGCUCACGGAGGACAAGGUCGGCAGGCGAGGGAGGGCUGGGGUGCAGGGUGUCACAGCUCCUCCGGCAAGCCAGCCCUCUGGGGUCCUCCUGGAACCAGAGGGGACCCUCAGGGGCCUCCAUCCUCCUACAGGCUCUCUGCUGCUGACCGAGAAGCCCGGGCAGCUUCCCCCACCCCUCUGGAGAGAGCCCCAGACCCUGCCACCUCUCCCCGCUCUGAGACCCUCCCUGUAGGGCAUCCCUGGGGGGCCCUCCCUGGGGGACCCUCCCCGCAGGAUCCUCCUUUCCAGACCCUUCCCAGCU